CUUGACAACGAUCUAGAAAGUGACGGGAGGACAACAUGUGCCCGAUUCAGCCUCGUUUCGCAUUCAUCUGAUCAUCUAGGGCGACACUGGGCGCCUCAUGUAAGGCGGAGUCCUUACCAUUGGGCUCCCCGGGAAAUACUACACAGUAUGUAUCUCCCAACUGCGGACCAAUCAUAAUUCAAAGCUUCAUUUAUACGUCCCGAAGAUCCGCACGGGCCAUCGUCGGCCGAAGUCAUGCGGAGGGGUUUCUCGUAGACCACUUUCCUCAAGACCAACCUGUAUAAACACUGGUAUCGGAACUUAGAAUCGGAGAGAGAGUCGUAAAGCACAUCCGAAUAUUCAUGUCAACCGUAACGUUGUAAGGAUAUCCCACGCUAGAGCGACACAUCCACACUGCUAUAGCCAUGGCACCAAAGUACAUCAACAAACUCCAAGGCAAACGCAUAGUCAUCAUAGGCGGCACAUCAGGCAUUGGCUUCGCCACUGCCGAAGCAUCAAUCGAAUACGGCGCCAUCGUCGUCCUCGCUAGUUCGCAGCAAUCAAAAGUCGACCAGGCGGUUCACCGUAUCCAAACUUCCUACCCCGAAGCCAAGGACCGAAUCAGCGGGAAGACACUCGAUCUCGCGGCCUCCGACGUCGAAGACCAGGUGACAUCUCUCUUCGACUUCGCCAGUGACAGUGGCACUUCCAAGCUCGACCACGUAGUCGACACCGCGGGUGGGACGUUCCGCCAGAUCCCGCUAUCUGAAAUAACGCCUGAGAAGGUCCAGGACGUCCUACAAGUCCGCUUGACAGGCGGCUUGAUCGUCGCGAAGAUAGCGAUGCGGUAUCUCAACGUCAGUCCCGAGUCCUCGUUGACAGUGACCAGUGGAGUCAGCGACCUCAAGCCCACUCAGGGAUGGGCGAUCAUGGCGCCCGUGGGAUCGGCGAGGAAAGGUAUGAUGAGGGCGCUGGCGCAAGAUAUGAAGCCCAUACGAGUGAACUGUGUGUGUCCUGGCGCGACGAAGACGGAAUUGUUUGAUCGCUUCGCGGCCGAUCGCUUGGAGGAGAUUAUGGCGAGUUAUAGGGCGAAGACGUUGACGGGAACGAUUGGGACGCCGGAGGAUUUGGCGGAGUGUUAUUUGUCGGCGAUGAAGAAUGCUUUCAUGACGGGGGUCGAGAUUUAUGCUGAUGGUGGGUAUUUGUUGUGCUGAGGAAUGGCGGUCG